AUGUCAUUUCCCAUUGAAAUGAUCGAGCCCAGUCAGGAUUGCGCCUCGGUGCUGGCGCUGACCUCACAGCAGGUGGAGGAGGAGAUGAAAGUGGUGUCUUUGUUGCGGCAGGAACUUCGUAACAGUCACGAGGACUACGACGGAACGGCUUCAGUGGGGCCUCCCUUUGAGCCGGAUCAUCGCACGGUAGAUGCAAAAGUGCUACGUACGCUGAAGUGUUCAAGUUACCCCUUUAUUGUCUGCGAAGAGGCACCCGCGUCGUAUGAGGCUCAGGUACCGUAUCACUUGGAAGCUGUUGUUGAGAAAUUAGAAGAGGACCUCCGGAAUUUGGAUGAAUAUUUGCAGAGUGAGAAGGCACUACAUAAAGAGUUCACUGGACGGUCGUGUUCCACAUCAUCCUCGGAUGGCUUCCACAGCAGAGAUGGAUCCGGGGGGUUUCAACAAAACGAACAAAUUCAAACACGGAAUUCGGAUGCGAUGCAGCUCUUUACAGAGGUGAUGGGGAGAGAUGCGUGCUUUGCGGAUGUAUCCAGAGAAGUUUCCAUAGUGCGAUGGUACACACGCUGGGUUGUCUCUCAUUCCCUCCACUCCCUGGAAGAGGCAUUGGAGCAAAUAGAGUAUGUACUAUCAGAAGGGGAGUUAACCACGGAGAGUGAGUUAUUGGAAGCCAUGCAUGAAUUUUGCUUUGUUGAGGCUGUCAGCACACUCGAGCAUGAUCGUCGUGAGGUGAUUGAGGCAGAGCGACGCCGAAUGCAUUCUUGCAGUCGAGCAUUUCGAGAACAUCUUUCACCGCUCGCUAUUACCGCUGCCACCAGCUCAUUUCUUACUCCAGAGGAAAAGUACAUAUAUCAGGGAUACCACAAUCAAUCGGAGCAUGCGAUGAUGAUGCUUCACCACGGUUUGCAUGUGAACUUUGUAUCAAAGGCCUGUGAUUCAUCCCUUUUGUUUUCAGGGGAAUUCUGUCUAUCGAGUCUUGCAACGAGGUCAGGUUCAUUUUACAUGCGGGAUGUUGGAGAUUUGGAUGAAGUUCGAAUUUUGUCAGAUACCGCUAUGAGGGCAUUGCACGAGGAACGUGAUGUCAUUACGAGUCUCCUUCAGAAAAUACAGGAGCGACAGGAGACUGGUGUAAUGCUACGGACAAAACAUGAAAAGCAUCGAAGGAGUCGUUUAGCUGCAAUGUUAGUCUAUAAGUGUUUGGUAGAUGAUAUCGUUAUGCUUCAAUCACAGGCAUGUCGAGCUAGGGACUUUCUCUUGAAAUAUGAUAAUUGGAUUUUGCGUCACUGUGGCACGAGCCAUCAAGCGAUGGUAAAACGUCUGGGAACUUCUUCAAAUAAUGCGGAUGUGCCUACGAGGUUAAUGGGUCGUAAGACGCCACAGCGUACAUCAGUAUCUCCCACACGUGAGAGGUCUAUGCUGCUUUUAUGCCCCUCACUAGCUGGUCAACUCCCACGUCAUAUUGAGGAAGUCUGUGAUUCCCUUAUGUCUCUGCUGAAGCUUUCCAGGCGAUCGCUUGGUGCUGGCACCUCAACUGGGGUUUGUGAAACCGUUUACCGACACUGGAUGUGUCUGUCGCUUCGCUACACAUGUGUGCAGAUUGUGUGUGGGAAGUGGCCUGGUGAUCUUCUUCUUGAUGGCAUGGAUGACAUUGCAACCAACUUGAUUCGACUUGUGUCGGACUCCAUGUCUAGUCUUGGUGCAGUGCAAUCUCACGUAACCGAACUGUAUGUGGUACUUCGGUGUUUUCUUGGCCUUGUAGCGAAUGGGACGACGAGGCGGCAAACGCAGCGAGAGUUCUUGCGAACAGCAAACGGGUCUGCUACGGCUCUGGCCGCUGCUGCUCCUUCUAGUAGAAGCACCAAGACAGGAGCGAGGCGCAGUUUUGACAUCCCUGUCACCUUUUCCUUGGACAGGGAUGUCUUCUCCAUGAGGCGGGAUAUAAAUGUAAGUGAUGACGAUGACAACAACAUCUGGGGUGUUCUUUUUGACGCCCUUUGGUUUCAGGCGGACCCGUCAGGCUGCGCGCACGGCGGGUUUCUUUGCAAUGAUUUUGGUGCAGCUGCAGACAAGGACUUCUCCUUUCUUUGUCUGGAGGGCAUAACACUUCCCGAUCGGUUGCCUAAAACCGCAAACGGCCACGGACGAUCUCAGAAAUUACAUAUGAGCCUUCAUUAUGCCAUUCUUCCAGUAGAGGCUUCACCUGCGCUCUCUUUGGCACAAGUAAUGAGGGAAGAUGCGACGGCUAUGGCAUCGACUUCUGUUGUGGCGCGUUACAGCUACAUUCGACGCAUGUUGCACGUUCUUUUUAUAUUGGAGGACCGCCAUCUGCUGCAGGAUUAUGCUUGUCGCGGAGAGGAGGUUGAUUUGGUGCCGCUUGAAAACACCGUGUUCUUUUUGCGUAAACGAGAGGAGAGAAAAAUAUCAAAUGAGAGGAUGAAUCAUUCUGGCGUCUCCUUAUUGCGAAACGGUGAUGGUGCACCUAUCACACGCAAGUGUACGACUCUUGUGGGCAUCUUGCCUCCUGCAGCGGUGCAACUCGCGCGGUACAACGCUAUUCCCACUGGAACGGAAUAUCCUGUUCCCUGUGGCGAAGCGCCCUCAAUUGCCACUCUUAAUCUGUUGAUUGGGAGUAUGCUGAAGAAGAUUGCCUUAUGCCGGUCACCCCUGCUGGAUGAUAUGUACAAAAUGGGGGACAAAUUAUACAAUCAGGGCAUCGAGGCUGCUGAGGAGAGCGGCUUCAAUUGUAGGGGCCAGGGAAAAGCGCUAGUUUCACCCUUGCUGCGAUCCCUUGAUGACUACAUCUUCAGCCCGGACUUUGAUACACUGGUGAAGGAAGCAGACGAUGAGAUGCGUCGACAGAAUGCAAAACAGCUUGUACUUCGCUAG